CGAGCCCGAUCGUACGUCGCCUGCCCUUCUUACAGGCCUCAAGGCGUAAAUGGUCAGGGAAACCUCGCCAUAGGACAGGGUGAUGAGUGCAGGGAGGUGUAUCAGGGCAUAUCGAAGGGUGCAAAGCUGGUGCUACGCACCUAGACUCAUUAGUCGGCAAUCCAGGCAGCACGGGCAGCGGGGGCUGCUGAGCAUCGUUUCCUGGAGUAUACAAGUCCCCAAGUACACGGAGGAGGUUCAGAUAUUGACGGGAAGGCGGGAAGGCGAAGGGAGGAGCUUUAGGGUCAUGAUGGUAGGAGACAAAGUGGAAAAGUGUCUCACGCUCGCAUUCUUGUCUCUGGUCGCUGAUCUCUGGGGCUUUGCGGGGCGACUUUUCUGAGCGAAGAGCUCGAAAAUGCAAGAAAAUGGACUGGAUACUCAGAAUCCACGCCAGAAAGGCUCCAUGCUUCUCAGGACUAUCGCCGAGCAG